AUGAUUGACGCCGCCUGCAAUUAUUUGAAUCCCUAUGCGCAUCAGCAGCAAUUGCAACAACAACAACAGCAGCAACACCAGCAGCAGCAGCAGCAGCAACAACAACAGCAGCAACAGCAGCAGCAACAACAGCAACAGCAGCAGCAAUUGCAGUCGCAUUCACAACCCCACCCCCACCUGCACCCGCACCAUCAGCCACAUCAUGAUUUCAUUAGCGCCACACUGCUGUCGGCCUCCACAGCAGCAUCCUCGAGCUGCUCCACCUCCUCCUCGCCUUUGGCACUAUACGGAAGCAGCAACAUUAAUAGCAGCAGCAGCAGCAGCAGCACCAUCAGCAGCAAAUUGCCGCCUGCUUCCUGCACAGCCCUGAAAAUGGAAAUGCAAUAUCCGCCACAGGCAUCAUCCACAGGCACCGUGUCCCCCAACUCCAGCAUACAAUCGGCUCCCUCAUCGGCCUCCGUAUCGCCGAGCAUAUUCCCCUCGCCGGCCCAAUCCUUCGCCUCCAUCAGCGCCAGUCCGCCAGCAGCGGCUGUGGCCGCUCACCACGCCAUCUCACCGACGGCCAGCACUCCCAGCAGUGGCACACCAGCCAGCUCCGGCUCCUCGUCCGCAUCCUCUGCAGCUGCGGCCGCCGCAGCAGCAGCCGCCGCCGCCGCUGACUUGGGUGCAGCAGCAGUCGCCAGUGCCGCCUAUGGUUGGAACACCGCCGCUGCCUACACGGCCCUGCCCACAAGAACCCAAUUUCCUUACGCACAGUAUGCCUCGGAUUAUUAUGGGAAUGCCGUGGGCAUGUCUGCGUCGGCUGCGGCCGCCGGCUGGUUCUCCCAGGAUCGUCUGUACCAGCCGUGGUCCUCGCAGAGCUAUCCCAGCUUCAAUUUCGAUGACAUCGCAUUUCAGACGCAACUGCAACGGCGUUCGGUGCGCUGCACGUGCCCCAACUGCACCAACGAGAUGAGCGGCCUGCCACCGAUUGUGGGUCCGGAUGAGCGUGGCCGCAAGCAGCAUAUCUGCCACAUACCGGGCUGUGAGCGCCUCUACGGCAAGGCCUCGCAUCUGAAGACGCAUCUGCGUUGGCACACUGGGGAACGGCCCUUCUUGUGCCUCACCUGUGGCAAGCGCUUCUCACGCUCCGACGAGCUGCAGCGUCAUGGACGCACUCACACUAAUUACCGUCCCUAUGCGUGCCCCAUUUGCUCCAAGAAAUUCUCGCGCAGCGACCAUUUGAGCAAGCACAAGAAGACACAUUUCAAGGAUAAGAAGAGCAAGAAGGCAUUGGCCGCCGAGGCCAAGGAGCAGGCUGCGGCCAUUAAGCAGGAGAAGGCAGCAGUUGCGGCCGAGAAGGGCGGCAAGAAGGCGCCAAAGACGGAUGCCACGCCCACCAGCAUUGCUGCCCCGCUGCAGUUUAAGACGGAACAGCCGGAGGUGCCGAUUGCCGGUUACGCUCAUCCCUACAGCAAUCUCUAUCAGCAGAGCAGCGCGCUCUUCCAGCCGCAACAUCAAACAUCGGCAGCCGGAUAUGCCGGUCAGCAGCAGCAACAGCACAGCAGCAGUAACAACAACUCUGGCAUACAAUCCUCGAGCGCUGCAUCCGCAUCCGCAUCCAGUUCCAUUUCGAUUUCAAGCUCGGCAGCGGCUGUUGCUGCCGCUGCGGCGCACCAUCAGCACCAGCAGCAUCAUUACGCAGCACUGGCCAUGCAGAGCGAAUCGCAUCUGGCCGCCGAAUAUGGACUCACCAUGUCCGGGUUGGCCAGUGGGGCCAGCGAUAGUGGCAGCAACAGCAGUCACAUGAAAUCCGAGUAUGCCAACUAUGCGGACUUCGCUCCGAGCGCCGGCUACGGAGCCUCGUCGGCAGCGGAACAAUUAUUGGAAAUAGAGUGA